AUGCAUAUACCAGGAAGCUACGAGGACGAUCUCGGAGUCACAGAGAAUGUACCUCUUCAAAUUGAGCACGAGCUUCAGCUUUCUCUGGCUGACCUAGAGCGCGCCGGGGGAUUCACCGGUUGGAUCGCCAGAUACAUGCUCUUGGCUGGAGACUGGAUCGAUAGAGAACUUGAAGAGAGACGCCAGGCAAUCGGGGGAAUUGACAACAUGUGGCUCCUUUUGUCAGAGGCUGCGGAUUUCAACCCGGUAUGCGCAUGUACGUACACACUUCGCGAUAAGCUCUCUCUUGAGCAACUGUACCAUUCUGCAGAGCGACAGGCAGAGAAAUUCCCAAAGUAUAGACAGCGAGUCACGUCAGUUGGGCGUAGAUUUCAUGGCGCUCGAUUCGAAAAUGAUCCAGACUUUGAUAUGAGCAAGCACAUCCAUGCCGUGACUUUGCCCGAACCGGCCGGCAAGCGAGAGCUUGACGACUUGAUGGGCAAAUUCAUUGCACAAGAUUGGGAUUUGCGUCGGCCACUAUGGGAAAUGGUCCUGGUCGAGAACUAUCACGAUGAGAACGGUAGCGAAUGCGCCGUCAUUACACGAGGGCACCACUCGCUGGCCGAUGGCCAAGGCUUCGUCAUAAGUCAACUCUUCAUUACUUCGUAUCACGACAUUCUGGUAGAGGCUAUGAACUCAACUGCCGAGAAGAUACACGCCGUCAAGCGUGGACGACUGCCCCCCUCCAAGAUCCACCGUGCUCUGCGUUUCCUCGACCCACUCUGCGAAAACGAAUUUACCGCUCCAAUUCUCCAUUUAUCCCUGGCAUCUGCCUUCUGGUUUGCGCUCAUCGUGUCUACAUGCGUGAGCUUUCUCUGGAGCAUAUAUCCCGCCAUACGCCAAGCGACACUUUUUCUUAUCACGUUCUGGCGCGUCGAAAUGCUCACGGGCCCUCAACUCGGACCUCGUGUUACACAGCGCGAAUUCUCGAGCUCUCGUGCAUUUAGCAUCGAUGAUGUCAAGUUGUGCCAGCAAGCAUUCUCGGGUCCCAGGCCGGGCAGUUCGGUUAAAGGAGUGCCAAAGGAGAAACGCGACGACGUCAAGCAUAAAGCCGGACAUGUGACACUAAACGAUGUUGUCUGCGCUGUUAUGGCGGACGUGCUCGGUGCUGAACUCGCUGUCAAGCCUAGACUCGAUGAUCCUUGGGAGGGCACUAAACAAUGGCUGCAAGAUGCUUUACCAUCACCUAUUGGAUUUUUUAUUCCCAUGAGCAUUCGUUCCCCGGGCGACUGGUCAAUGCGUAAUCUAUCCACCGGCGCCCUUGUCUACCUAAAUCCGACCAAGGACGCGUCCGUAGAUCCGUCCGUGCAUGAAAUGCACAAACACAUACACGAGUGUCGUGCGGAGCUAUCGCUUUUGAAGCACAGCCUCCUUCCAAAGAUAUCAUUUUACAUCGUGCAAUUGACGGGACAAGCACCCGUGCUGUUGCGCAUAUCCUUGCUGGCGAACCCCACUCGUCGAGUCAAGGAUUGGAUUACCAGGCACAUCAGCAAGCCGCUGUAUGAUCUGGUCCUACAAUCCUGUACCGUUCCUGGGCCGAAGAAGCGGAUUACUCUCGAAGGCGCCGAAGUCCUUACCUGGACUGCUCUUCCGCCUCAAGCAGGCAAAGGUACGAUUGGUAUGGGCAUCAUCUCAUACGCCGGUGGCCUGUCAAUCGCGGUUGCAGCCGAUCUGGUGCCUUCGACACAGGGCGUCGCCCGAAGGAUAUGCGAUCGCUUCGAGGAACGCUUUGAGCUGUACGUUCGGAAGGCGAAGGAGGUAUUGAACCAUCUGGACUGA